UUUGAUCCAAUUUUUGGGAGGCACGUUGAAACCAGAAAUUAAACUGAACCGAUAUCGAUUAAAUGUGCGUCAGCGGUCUCCUUUAAAUCGCAUGGUAUUGGUGCGCAUAAACGCAAAAGUAAUUGGAAGACACUUACCUGUAGUAGCCAGGUGCUACCUUGCUCUCGCUUCACAACGAUUAUUGGCGUCCAUUGGAGGUGGCAUAUACCGUGAAGUAUUUCGAGGUAAAACAAUAUCCGUAAAUGCUAAUCCUAGCCGAGACCUAUCAUUGUCGAAAAAUUCCCUUCAGUAUCUUCACUACGAGUGGACUUGUGGUCCAAGUAAGAAACAAAACCCGAAAAUCUGUGAAAACACCAUGAAAACAAAUAUAAAGGGUGUUGCCGAAAUUCUGGCCUGCAAAUAACCACUGUAGCCGAAACGGAAUUCCGAACAAACAGAAUAAUGCUCUUUUAAAUACUUUAAAACGCUCUCAGCUUCUCUCUUAUCUUACUCUUGCGGUUCUUUAUUAUGUAUAAGUGGACACAUAAGCGCUAAAAAUACGAAGCUGCAUUGAUUUAAAACCGCGU